GCGGGGAGGAGGGCCGGGCGCCGCCAUGGCGCUGCCGCCGCGCUGAGGUACCCCGCCAUGGCCGGGGCCAUCGCGUCCCGCAUGAGCUUCAGCUCGCUCAAGAGGAAGCAGCCCAAGACGUUCACCGUGCGCAUCGCCACCAUGGACGCCGAGAUGGAGUUCAGCUGCGAGGUGAAGUGGAAAGGGAAGGACCUGUUUGAUCUGGUGUGCAGGACACUUGGGCUCCGGGAAACCUGGUUCUUUGGGCUUCAGUACACUAUCAAGGAUACGGUGGCUUGGCUUAAAAUGGACAAGAAGGUUCUGGAUCAUGAUGUUCCAACAGAGGAGCCCGUCACCUUUCACUUCCUGGCCAAAUUUUAUCCUGAGAAUGCAGAGGAGGAGCUGGUCCAGGAAAUCACACAACACUUGUUCUUCCUGCAGGUGAAGAAGCAGAUUUUGGAUGAGAAGAUCUACUGUCCUCCUGAAGCCUCUGUCCUGCUGGCCUCAUACGCUGUCCAAGCCAAGUACGGCGAUUACGAUCCCAACGUGCACAAGAGAGGCUUCCUGGCACAAGAGGAGCUGCUCCCAAAGCGGGUGAUAAACCUGUACCAGAUGACUCCGGAGAUGUGGGAGGAGAGGAUAACAGCCUGGUAUGCAGAGCACCGGGGCAGAGCGAGAGAUGAAGCUGAAAUGGAGUAUUUGAAGAUAGCUCAGGACUUGGAGAUGUAUGGAGUGAACUAUUUUGCUAUUAGGAACAAAAAGGGCACCGAGCUGCUCCUUGGAGUGGAUGCCUUGGGUCUUCACAUUUAUGACCCAGACAACAGGUUGACCCCUAAAAUCUCCUUCCCAUGGAACGAGAUCCGCAAUAUCUCAUACAGCGAUAAAGAGUUUACCAUUAAGCCAUUGGACAAAAAGAUUGAUGUUUUUAAAUUCAAUUCAUCAAAGCUGCGUGUGAAUAAGCUGAUUCUUCAGCUGUGCAUUGGAAACCACGACCUCUUCAUGAGGAGGAGGAAGGCAGACUCGUUGGAGGUCCAGCAGAUGAAAGCACAGGCCAGGGAGGAGAAAGCCAGGAAGCAGAUGGAACGGCAGCGCCUGGCCCGAGAGAAGCAAAUGAGGGAAGAGGCUGAAAGGAAAAGGGAUGAGCUGGAGAGACGGUUGAUGCAGUUAAAGGAAGAGGCAACAAUGGCCAAUGAGGCUCUGAUGAGGUCCGAAGAGACGGCAGACUUGCUGGCCGAGAAGGCGCAGAUCACGGAGGAGGAGGCCAAGCUCCUGGCUCAGAAGGCAGCCGAGGCUGAGCAGGAGAUGCAGCGGAUCAAAGCCACGGCCAUCCGGACGGAGGAGGAGAAGCGGCUGAUGGAGCAGAAGGUGCUGGAGGCAGAGAUGUUGGCACUGAAAAUGGCCGAGGAGUCGGAGAGGAGGGCGAAGGAGGCUGAUCAGCUGAAGCAGGAUCUUCAGGAGGCCCGUGAGUCUGAGCGGAGAGCGAAGCAGAAGCUGUUGGAGAUCACCAGCAAGUCGUCAUACACACAGUCUAUGAACUCAAGUACAACAGCACUGCCUACUGACCUGCCAAGCUUCAACCUCAUCAGUGAGAGCCUGUCUUUUGACUUCAAGGAUACUGACAUGAAGAGGCUUUCGAUGGAAAUAGAGAAAGAGAAGGUGGAGUACAUGGAGAAGAGCAAACACCUCCAGGAGCAGCUGAACGAGCUGAAGACUGAAAUUGAGGCACUGAAGCUAAAGGAGAGGGAGACAGCUCUGGAUAUAUUGCACAACGAGAACGCCAGCCGGGGCAACAGCAAGCACAACACUAUCAAAAAGGAUUCUUUCUUCUUGUUGUUCAUUUUAUUUUGCUGGUUUAGCCUCAAGCCCAGAGCAGAAGACCUAUCUGCAUUUGAGACUUCCAACUCACCCUACAGAGCACCAAGUCCCGCGUGGCCUUCUUCGAGGAGCUGUAGGGAGCGACCCGUGCUCCGCGCCGCCGCUGCCACCGGCAAUUCCCUUGGGAUCGAGUGCCCAGCCGGGGCUGGGAGCCGGGCAUCACCCCCGGGGCACACCGACGGACAGGGGGCCCGCUGCCCGCGGACUCUGCGAUGCUCUCUGCCUUAGCAUCCAUCCAUCCAUCCCCCUCUUCUGCCCUUUCUUUCCAGCCUUUCCCUUACUUUCCCAGUGUAGUCCUUUG